CGCAUCUGCGUAGAGAGGUGACGUCACAGACAUCCAGGAAGAGAAUCACAGGAAGUGAACAACGUUUGGACAACGUGAGUGUGAGCUGUUUCUACAGUUUAGUCAAAUAAAGUCCUCACUAGUCGAAAAAUAAUAAUAGGCUCCACAACAACACGGACAAUACUACAAUAAAAGUGCUCUGAUCAUGGCUCUGAAUAAGUCCAUGCAUCCCCGGAACCGUUACAAAGACACACCUCCGGACUUUGCUUACCUGGCUGCCAAAUAUCCAGACUUUCAGCACCACGUGCACACCAGCCUCGCAGGAAGACCUGUUGUGAAUUUCAAAGAGCCGGAGGCAGUCCGAGCGCUGACCUGCACCCUGCUGAAGGAGGACUUUGGUUUGACCAUCGCGAUCCCUCUGGAGCGCCUCAUCCCCACCGUCCCCCUCCGCCUCAACUACAUCCACUGGGUGGAGGACCUCAUCGACGGCCAGAAGCAACCACGCAGGGGCAUCGACAUCGGUACUGGUGCGUCCUGUAUCUACCCCUUACUGGGAGCCACGAUGAACGGCUGGUACUUCCUGGCCACAGAGGUGGACGACAUCUGUUUUGACUACGCUACGAAAAACGUUGAGCAGAACCGCCUGUCUGACCUCAUUAAAGUUGUGAAAGUCCCACAGAAGACUUUACUGAUGGACGCCUUGAAAGAAGAGACGGAAAUAGUAUACGACUUCUGCAUGUGCAAUCCUCCUUUUUUUGCCAAUCAGCUCGAAGCGAAGGGGGUAAACUCCAGGAACUCAAGGCGACCUCCUCCCAGUUCAGUGAACACAGGCGGGGUGACGGAGAUCAUGGCAGAGGGCGGGGAACUGGAGUUUGUCAAGAGGAUCAUUCAUGACAGCCUGCAGCUAAAGAAACGCUUGCGGUGGUACAGCUGCAUGUUGGGGAAGAAAUGUAGCUUGGCACCUUUGAAAGAGGAGCUGAGGAAGCAAGGGGUACCUAAAGUAACACACACAGAGUUCUGCCAGGGGCGGACGAUGCGAUGGGCGCUGGCCUGGAGUUUCUAUGAUGAUGUGAUUGUUCCGUCUCCUCCUAGUAAAAAGCGUAAACUGGAGAAGGCGCGGAAGCCCCUUUCGUUCACUCUACCAGAGGCGGGACUGAAGGAGCUGCAGGUCAAAGCAUCGGCUUUAGGCGGUGUUGCCCGCGGCGCCGUGGACAGCAUCACUGCUCUGCUGGAGAAAACACUCACUCACCUGCGGGUGCUACACAAACGUGUCCCGUGUGGGAAGCAGGAGCAGAGCCUCUUUCUAACAGCUGUGGAGAACACCUGGAUCCACGCACGAGAGAAGCGACGUGAAGGGUCGCGUCAGCUGCGAGAGCUUCCCCGGGCGCCUCACUGUGCUGGCACAAGCUCUAAAACUGCUCCAGCCACAGCUGCUCCGGCCACAGCUGCUCCGGCCACAGCUGCUCCGGCCACAGCUGCUCCUGCCACAACCCCUGCCUCCACUCAAAACAGCAACACCCAGAGUGAUGGUGCUCAAAACAAAACUAUGUCUGCACAGGAGCUAGUGCAGGUUAGAAAUGGCACCUCUUUAAAUGAGACAUGUCCAGAUGUGACACACAAUCCAACUGCAGAACAGAAAGAUGCCUUAGAAAAUGUAUCUAGUGAAGACAUGGAGUCGUCUACCUGCACAGGCGCUGGGCAGGAAAUAGGCCCACAGGAAGCUCCAGCUGCAGCGAGUGAACCGCCCUCUAAACGACCCCUGAGCCCCGCUGCAGUCGAACACUUCCUGUUUAAAUGUCUGCUGAACGUGAUUCUGGAUGAGAGGGACGUAGUGAUCGAGAUGCACUGGGUCGAGGGUCAGAGUAAAGACCUGAUGAACCAACUGUGCACGUACCUGAAGAACACCCUUUUAAGGUCUAUUGCGAAGCCAUAAAUGAGCAGAUAUUGUUUUUAGAUUGGAUUAUUGAAUUCAUUGUGACUUCUGCAGGUUUAUUCAAGUAGAUAAUCAGAAGUCCACAUCUAAAAUAUUUUGUACUUUGUCAGUUAACCUUGUAAGACAUACUGCAUAUUGGUGUUUUGUGCUAAAAUUUGUCGAAACAUUUGCAAUAAAUGUACUUUUCUUUUAACAGUGUUUAUUAAUGUUUUCCUUUUUAAUAAGUACAAAUGACAAACCUCCCCAAUAACUAAAUUUUACUCGACAAAAAAAAACGAAUAGGUGACAUAAACACAGAAUAUACGUACAUAUGUAUAUUGUUAUUUUAAGAUGAAGUACAUUUAAAUGGCCACAAAAUGGCAGUGUGUGUUUCUUCUAUGGGACUAUAUUCCUGUCAUGAUCUUUUUGUAUUAAGAAGAAAUCCUUUCAUUCCUUUAUUACAUGUUCUUUGUGAAUGGCUUUGGAAGUUGAUCCCACUGAUUUUGACAGUAGGCAUGUCUUAAUUUUACACACAGCCUGUUUAAUUCAGGAUGUUCCUGCAGCCCCUCAGUCCUUCCUGUGUGGAGAACCUUUAGUAUCGUGGUCUACUAUUAUUACUCUGUUGCAAGCGACACUUCCUGAACAGGGCUGAGUGAAUAACAGGAAAAGACUGUUUUCUGUGUGUGUGUGUGUGUGUGGAAGUCAAUAGUCUGGCUAUUCCUUGCUCCUUUCGGGCUGAUGUAAUAAGAUUAAUAUCAUGAAUAAAUACACUAGAGCUGAAA